AUGGCCCAGCUCAGGCAAUCGGGGACGGAGAGAGUUGCAGGCCGAUCCACCCUCGAUUUUCUGCACGGAGAUGGCGGCGGGGAUGGCGGCGCUGACCAGGUCAGCAUCAGGAUCCCCCAACGGCACGGCGGCGGCAGGACCCGCCGGCCCGGCCAGAAGGGGGGCGGCCAGCGGAGGGUCUCCGUUUUCGCCAUCGCUAUGAUCCUCGCCCUCACCCUCCUUAUCUCUGUCUCCGUCCUCCAUUUCCUCUUCCGCGACAGAGGUACCAAUGCUUCCCCCCCUCUCUCUCUCUGUUUCUCUCUCCACACCUUCCUCCGUCCCUACCCAGUUCAUUUUUUCUUGUCAAGUUUACGGCAUCUGACGUAUGAGCGGGCGUUGAUUUGGGUUUUCUUCGUUGAACUGAGCAUCGAGGGACGUCGAAUUCUGCGGUUGUUUAGUCUUUGACGUUGACGUUGAGAUGAGGUUGCUUCCUCAGAAGUGCAGGGAAGGUUGACCGAGGAUGGGGAGCUGGACAACGAGACGAAUCAAGAAAGUGGGUCUGAUCUUCGGCCGAGACUGAACCGCUCCAUGGCAUUCAAGGAGCUCAGAUUCGGCAAGGGCUCCACCAUGGUCGGCGGCGAUUCGAGGUACUGGGACCGAGAUGACAGGCGGAGGGACGAGGAGUACGACGAGGACUCCUCAGAGCUCUCGAAUGCAGCGGCGGAUGAGGAGGGGAGGAGAACGGAAGAGGACUCGGCUGCAGGGGAGGAGCAAGAAGGGGCUUUCGACCACAAAAAGAGCAGCGGCAGAGGACUGUACAAUGAAGCUGGGCGCACAGAGCUUAAAGAGUACGAGGAGAUGUUUGAGGAGUCUCUGAAGAGGUCCAACGAAUCUGCAGAGGAAGGGAACCCAGGUGAGGAAACGAGCUCUGGCGAUGAAUAUGAUGAUGGUUUUGAGAUGGAGGAGGUAGAACCCGAAAACGGGGGGGGGCACCCUCAUGAUCAUGACAGUGGACAUCCUCCGAGGGUCUCCUCGCGGCAAGGGAUCAAGCGUUCUUCCAAGAACAAGGCCAGCAAGAGUGCCACAGGAAAUGCACGCACUGGUCUUCAGGUGUUAAAAUCAUCCAGAUCUGGGAAGAAGAUGAGUGGUGCCAGAGGAAGCCCAAAACGUCGCAGAUUUUCAGGUAGCAAAUAUGCAUACAUAUCGUAAUUAAUCUGACUAUUAUUUUUAAUGUUAAGAUCCCGUACCUUCUGCAGAAUUUGCUGAAAAGAUAUUUAUAUCACAAUUAUUUUUAAUGUUAUGAUCUGGUGAAUUCAUCUUUGGAUUAUUCUCGGAUGGGCUAGAAACAUGGUCUCUUGCAAAAUCUAGAAGAAAAUGAGAGCAAUGGUAUUCCUGGAGUUAGCCAAAAGUAUGAGCGGGGUAGUUAGCAUACUUGAGCCAAAUGUUUCUGUAUGUAUUGAUCAAAUUGAGAAAAAUAAAAUGUCAUCAUUCCUAUGAUCCAGGAUUUUAGUUAUGAUUGGCCUCUGUGAUUAAAGCAUGACUAUGAUUACAUUAGAUUUUUCCAAGGAUUGGAGAUAGAAUUGCCUUCUUGCGAAACUAAUGAGAUGAUAACCCCCAGGUAGGGUGGUUGUCUAGCAGGGAGGGGAGUUUUUCUACGAACCAAAGAAAAGGAAAAGUGUGAAGACCAAGAAUCUGAUCAUAUUAAAUAUUUUAUUCAAAUUACUUCCAUGGUUGGAGAAUUUAAUCUAUCAAAAUUCUUAUGAUGCCUGACAACAUUUAUGGCAAAAAAAGGCUUUUGUUAGAGAUCUAGUGAUGUAACUGAUUAUAUUUAUCGAUCCAAUCCUUUUGAAUCUCUUGUUUUAUGUUUUCCUUCAGGGGAUCAAACUGAUACUUCUCAAUCAUUUUUAUGGUUCAUUUUUGGAAUAAUUAUCUCCUUAGGUCACUCUAGACACGUCAGGAUCUUUUUCAUCGUUCUAGUUAAUAUCAUCAGAAUCUUCUAUGAUUCAGAACUUUGCUUUCUCCGUAUCUAUCAUUAUGAUCAUUGCCAUUAAAGCUCUAUUCUCCCGAUUUCUUUCUGUAGCUUAUGUGCUUCAUGCCACAGACCACGGAGAAAAAUGCAGCUGUUUACCCAUUGAUCCUUUCCAGUUAUAGAACCAUUGAUAGCCUAAGCUGCGCUGAUGACAUAAUCACCAGCCUUUUUGUUUCUGUUGGCGGGUUGAUGGCAUUAUUGUUGGAUUUCUUAUUUCGGUCAUAUAAUGCUGUUAUAUGGGGGAAUUGAGAGGAAAUGGAGGAUCUGGAGGCAUUUUUUAUGGUUUUCUUAUCUUACUAGACUGCUUUUAUUUGAUGCCAUUGUUUUCUUCUUAAAUUUUCUGCAGGGUGUGAAAUGAAAUUCUUAAAUUCGACGGAUUUACUUGUGGAGCCCUUAGAGAAUAAAAAGUUUUCAAGAUUUUCAUUACAGUACACAGAUGUAGAGGAGAGGCCCAGCAGAGUAGACGGCUGGGAACCCAGAUUUUCUGGGCAUCAGAGCCUCCAAGAGAGGGAGAAGUCUUUCUAUGUCCGUGAUCAAAAGCUUAAUUGUGGUUUUGUUAAAGGUCCCAAAGGAUCUCCAACCACUGGGUUCGACUUGGCAGAGGAUGAUGCUAAGUUCAUGGCCAGUUGCCAUAUAGCUGUGUCCUCUUGCAUUUUUGGAAAUUCAGAUCGAUUGAGGGCACCAAACAACAGAAUGGUAAAUUAUCUGAUUGCUUUUUCACAUGAUCCCGUGUGUGAACAGUAUUAGUAGCAUUGAAAUCCAUCACUUGGUUUUCUUUGAAUCUUCAUUUGAUACUUUUUUUCAAUCCAUCCGCCAUUUUCUUAAAGUUAUUUUAUACUUUUGGCAUCUCCAGAUCAUAUUUUGGUCAACCCAUCCAUGAUAUUUUUGCCUUCUUUUAUAUCCCAUUCCUAAAUUAAAAUGCCUUUUAAAUUAUUUCUCUGGUGAAAACAUUCAAAAAAAAUUCAUUUUUGGAGACUGAUGGUAAUUUUUAAUGGUGGAAAAUAUUUGACUGGAAAAGGUUUCCUUCAAUCAAUCAUUGGCACGAAUAUGCAUAAUUUUUAGCUGAUCCAAUUAGAACUUCUGCCUAAUCAUGUUUUGGCCAGUAUAUAUUUUCUCCCAUCUGGAGGGGCACUGUUAAUCCACAGCCUUAACAUUUUACCUCGGGCUACUUCCAGCCACUUCAUGGUCAAUCCUUGGAGUCAGAACUAGAUCUUGAUCUGUUGCGGUCUGUAUCAGGAUCAGGUGGGUUGUAUUUGUUGAAUCAAUCCAUUUGAGAAAGGGAGAAAUGAAAACCCUUGAUUUGCUGCUUUCUUUGAAUGAGAACUGUAAACUAAAGCUACAUCUUAUAAAACCAAAAAGGAUCUUAUGAACCAGAGGUUAUCCCAAUAUGUGUCUCCUCGAUAGCUGUGGGAAAGUGAAGAAAGGGAUGCUGCAAUGAGGAACCUUCCCCUAAUUGGACGAAGAGAAAGGCACCCACCCUUAAUAUGCAUCUUCAGGCAGAUAUAGUCGCAGGUUUUCACUUCUCAGUGAGUGAAAGAUUUGUCCCCAGAUCCAUGUUUUCUUCAUCUUCCCCACACUUUUCAGGAUCAAUGUAGCAAGCAAACUUUGCAACUUUUUCUAGAAAACUUAUUUUGAGACAGGGAAAUUGGCCCAUACGCUCAGUAUCAUCAUCAUCAUCAUCAUCAUCAUCAUCAUCAUCAGCAGCAGCAGCAGCAGCAGCAGCAGCAGCAUCUAUUUUUUUUGAGUCAUGAUUAGAAGCCAUCUUGAAUUGGAUGAUCUUUAGUUUAUGUUCUUGUCAACUGCAGAUCAAACGUUCAUCGAGGAAACAUGUCUGUUUUGUAAUGUUUGUGGAUGAGAUUACCCUGAAGACGCUAUCUGACGAGGGCCAAAAGCCAGAUGGAAUGGGGUUUUUCGGUCUGUGGAAGAUCGUUCUUGUCAAAAACUUACCUUUCACCGAUAUGCGAAGGGUUGGAAAAAUUCCAAAGUUUCUAUCUCAUCGUCUAUUCCCUACUGCAAGGUAUCAUAUCUUCAUUGCCUACAUAACUCAUAUCUCCCAAUUUUUAACUUUUAUUUUACAUCUUUUUUAUCGUAGAUUCAUCGCAAUAACCUCAGAGCUAUAAUUUUGUCUGACGAUUCUGAGGACCCAUCUGAAGUUGCUCAUUUGAAAUGGACAGGUAUUCAAUCUGGCUGGACAGCAAGCUGCGGUUGAACAGCGAUCCCCAGCUUCUCCUUGAGUAUUUCCUCUGGCGAAAAGGGUACGAAUAUGCCAUCUCCAACCACUAUGAUCGCCAUUGCGUGUGGGAUGAGGUGAUGCAGAACAAGAAGCUCAACAAGUACAACCACACAGUCAUAGACCAACAGUUUGCGUUUUACCAGGCCGACGGAUUGAGAAAAUUCAACGCCUCAGACCCCAACAAAUUACUCCCAAGCUGUAUGAAAUAUCCGGAACUUUCAUCAUCAGCUUCAUAUAUACAUAUAUAUAUGCUCUGUUAUUGCUUUCAAUAUCAGAUUUUUCCUCAAAAAUUAGUCUUAUUUGGUGAAAAUCGAACCACAACCAAUUGCUCCCUAUCUGUACAAAAUGCCCCUAAUUUUCGUCAUGUUAAUGCACAAAUAUAUGCUCCAUGAUUGAUGUAAAUAUGUUGACCUUACCUAUCUUAUUGUAUUAUUUGGUGUAUAUGCAUAACUAUGCAUACAUGUGCUUUUUUACUGCUCUAAAUAUCCUGAUAUUUCCCCUUUUGAUGUAGAUGUUCCUGAGGGAUCUUUCAUCAUGAGAGCGCACACACCUAUGUCAAACUUGUUCUCCUGUCUCUGGUUCAAUGAGGUCGAUCGAUUCACUCCUCGUGAUCAGCUAAGCUUUGCAUACACAUAUCUGAAGCUGAAAAGGAUGAACCCAGAUAAACCCUUCUAUCUUAACAUGUUCAAGGUGCCCCUGAACUCCUCUCUCUCUCUCUCUCUCUCUCUCUCUCUCUCUUUCUCUCUCUCUCUCUAUUUAUAUCACUCUCUCACAGUGGCGCAGUUUCAGAUUGGGCCAUUUCAACUAUUUUUUUCUCAAAAUUUCCGGGCUGUGUUUUUUUGUAUUCCAGGAUUGUGAGAGACGGGCCAUAGCAAAAUUAUACCAUCAUAGAGGCGAAGAUAAGAGGACUCCAGCACUAGAAGAAGGGUAG